UUAAUAUGGGAAAACACCAAUUUAACUGUAAAUUCCUUUAUUAAAUCCAAAGGCCAAUCAAACAGUAACAAAAAUUUUCUAAGAAUUUGUUCAAGAUACUCACAAAUGGGCGAACCCCAGAGGUGCUUAGACCCGUAUUGGUCAGCUCCAGCGUGGUCAGGCAGGUAUUAGCAAUGAAUCCUUUCAGAGAUUACUCUUUAUACCCUUCAACAAACAAGUGAUGUCAUUGCCAAUGAUUGACCGUCUAAAAACCAAUCUGAGAUAGUUCCCCCUUAUUUCCAGUCUUAAUCCAGAUAAGAUUUACAACUGCCUUUCUCCCCAAGGCCUUCCUUCUACUUGUUAGUCAGGGUCUUUCUUUGGAGCACAGAUAUAUUUCCUUAACCAAAGCUAAGUUAACUUUAAUUCUUUAAUUUUAUACUUAUCCUGCAACAACUCUUCUCUGGGCUUUUUAUCAUGUAUGAGCCCUGACAGAUCUUUUCUGACCCUUCUGGGCACACGGGGGAUUAUUGGAAGGCACUCAAGGACGAGCACCACUGGCUUGGAGCAAGCCUGUGCUCACACUGCGUAAUGGUUGUGUUAGCAGCCGACAAAUUGUGUUCACUUGGGCUAUGCCCCUGGUGAGCCAGCUUACUCAAGCAAAGAGGUUUAGCAUGGGGACAGGAUUCAAGUUGACUUGAGUUAACUUUGCAGUGAAGGCAAGCCCUAAGAUAUGAUUACAUCAAGGGACACUGCUCCUAACAAGACCUCCUGUGGACCUCGGUAUUUUCCAUCUGUCUCGUAACAGGCUUUGCUAAGCUUAACAGUUGCACAAUUUUAGCUCUCUGUUCACACAUUUCUGACAAUACCGUGUUUUACCUAAAGAAAACUUAUCUUUGCAUUAAGAAAAGGAGUACUUGUGGCACCUUAGAGACUAACCAAUUUAUUUGAGCAUAAGCUUUCGUGAGCUACAGCUCACUUCAUCGGAGUAGCUCACGAAAGCUUAUGCUCAAAUAAAUUGGUUAGUCUCUAAGGUGCCACAAGUCCUCCUUUUCUUUUGCGAAUACAGACUAACACGGCUGCUACUCUGAAACCUAUCUUUGCAUUAUAGCUUUAGAAAAUCUUGUAAUAUCUCAGGUGAUUGUAUCUUUCACAUCACCCUUAGGUGUUGUAUAGGUUGGGAUCUUGGUACUACUCUAAUUCUUUGAUUUGCCUUAUUAAUGAUCAUAGUGAAUAUUCUUAGUUUUGCAAAUCUCUCUUAUGCUGCAGAGACCCUUAUAUUGAUCCAUCAGUGGGGCUUUGGGGGUACAGUAAGAAGAAAAGCUGCAGGAUCUAAUUAUGAUUAAACAGGGAUAUUGCAGGGGCACCCAGAGGCCCCAGACAGGCCUUGUUAUAUUAGGAACCAAGAAGGAAAUGUGCAGAUCUCGGUUCUCAUGAUCCUAGUUCCAGUCACUGUUGUCAGCCUACUAAAGCCCCAGUGUGUGACCCACGACAGGGACCCUCGACCUGUGACCCUGUGCAAAGCUCGUACACCCCAAUGAAAGCUCUGUAGGAUCGACCAUCCAGGACUGGCUUCCUGGGCUGUGCGAACGUCCUCUAACCUCUCUGAUUCCAUGUCCACGGGGAGCGCUGCGGAGAGUGUACCUGGUGCAACCACAUAGCAAUGAAGGGGUUAACCUAUGCAUGUUUUUGUCAUCAACCUUUCUUCCAGCCAGCUAGAAAGCUUGGAUUAACUAGUCUAAGAUGUCACUUUCCAUUAAGGCGAAUGGGUCCCAAAUAGCAGUAUGACACUUGUUCUCCCUUUGGUAUUAUGUGAGAGAGAGUUCUCUGAUUCUGAUCUGGUUUCUGGUGGGUUCUGAACCUGGCAAAGGGAAAUGAUUCUGCAGAGCAAGAAAGAUCACUAAUGAUGACUACUAGCAACCUUGGGAAUAUUAGCAGCAUCAAAGAGACAUUUUGCUCGGAGUGGAACUUUCUGGACCUCUGAAGAGGAUCAUGUGGGAACGUAUUAAAAAAGCCUUGUUAAACUCACUUUCCGUUAGCUGCUCGGCCAUCUGGAACUGGAUCCGAGCUUUCUGGAGAAAGAAUGGCCUCUUGACUCUUUCGAUGCUCUCUGUAGUAACUGGAUGCCUGCUCGGAUUUUCGCUAAGAGUUCUGGAGCUGACAGAGCUGGAGAAGCAAUACUUUUCUUUUCCUGGAGAGCUCCUUAUGAGGAUGUUAAAAAUGCUGAUUCUACCCCUCAUUACUUCUAGCCUGAUGUCCAGCUUGGCCACCAUAGACUCCAAGGCCUGUGGGAAGAUGGGACUGAUCACACUCACCUAUUAUCUUUGGACUACAUUCAUGGCUGUGACUGUUGGGAUUGUGCUUGUGAUCAACAUUCAUCCGGGCGCUGCUGCCCAAAAGGAGGAGUAUACUGUGGGCAACGUGGUGUUAAGCUCUGCAGACGCCUUACUGGAUUUAAUCAGAAAUAUGUUUCCUUCUAACCUGAUUGAGGCUUCAUUCCAGCAGUAUCGAACAGUUCUCGUCCCAGUGGUAAAAUCUUCAGGCUUUCCAAAGAUCCCAGGGAAACCUCUCAGCUUCAUUUACUUUGCACCUGACGAUGAAAAUCCCGAAAUUCAAAGGCCUGUGCUUCUUGAGAUCACCCCCUCUCCGGAAAUGACCUACCGGACCCUGCCUGGGGCCAGCAGUGAAAUGAAUGUCUUGGGGAUUGUUAUCUUCUCUGCUACAAUAGGCCUCCUUCUAGGGAAAAUGGGUGAGCGUGGAACUCCUUUAGUCAACGUGUGCCAGUGUCUGAAUGAAGCAGUUAUGAAGAUUGUCUCAAUGGCGGUUUGGUACUUCCCAUUUGGCAUUGUGUUUCUCAUUGCUGGGAAGAUUUUGGAAAUGGAGGAUCCAGCUGUGAUUGGAAAGAAAUUGGGACUCUAUGCCAUAACGGUGGUGACAGGGCUAGUCAUCCAUGGACUUAUCCUCUUGCCUUUGCUUUUCGCACUCAUUACCAGGAAAAACCCCUUCGCUUUCAUCCGGGGAAUACUGCAAGCCCUGCUGAUCGCCCUCGCGACAUCAUCCAGCUCAGCAACCCUGCCCAUCACCCUGAAAUGUCUUCUGGAAAACAAUGGAAUAGACAGACGGGUGGCACGAUUUGUUCUCCCUGUUGGCGCAACCAUUAAUAUGGACGGGACUGCACUGUACGAGGCAGUCGCUGCAAUUUUUAUUGCUCAGGUCAAUGAGUACGAUUUGGACUUGGGACAAAUUAUAACUAUAAGCAUAACAGCGACAGCAGCAAGCAUAGGUGCAGCGGGAAUCCCCCAAUCAGGGCUCGUUACAAUGGUCAUUGUACUAACCUCUGUUGGCCUGCCCACGGAUGACAUCACACUGAUCAUUGCAGUUGACUGGGCUUUAGAUCGACUUAGAACAAUGACCAACGUCCUGGGUGAUGCACUGGCUGCGGGCAUCAUAGCACAUGUCUGCCGGAAAGAUUUUGCACCAAAGCCAGAAAAACAAGAUCCAGUGAGCAACACAGAGAAGCUUUCUUCUGCCAAGAACUCCCUUCUCCAGCCCAAAGACCACGUGAUGGAAAUGAUUGUAGAAACGUUGUCCGAACGAACAGGAGUUAAUUACAAUAUCUGCCAGGUGUAAUGGCCAUAGCAUUUUCAUUCCCAGGAAGAGGAUUUUGGUGCUAACACGUAGCCACUCUACUCUGUGUGUACAUGUGGGCCUUACUGUGCACAAAAAAGGCAGAAAAAUCCAUUUUUGGGAGGCUUCAAAGAGCUACAGCAGCACAACUGUACUGGCCAGAAGUUAAACAGGAAGCAGCAGUGCCAACUGCUUGCGGCUUUAACCUGAGAGGCUACAUCUAUGAAGUCGUUGUCUUGACAGUCCAGAGCAACAGAUUUUUAAAGGUUUCAUGCCACUAUUUUCUCAACACCAUUUUCUUUUUCUAGGACAGAGGAAUAGAUAGUUAUUAGAGAAGAACCUUAGCUGGUUGUUUUAAAAAGGGGCUGAGACAAGGCAGAGCUUUGUCACCUUCCAGCAAUGGUCUUCACCCAUUCUCUGUUCGCAAUUGCUGUCAGUUUGCAUUAUGUUUAUUAUGCAGAUAAUUUUUUGACUAUCUUAUUUUAAAAUUGUGGUUGGUAAACUUUUUUUAUAGAGAGAUUUUAUAUUCUCUAAAAAUGGACAUUUCAAGCAGACUUUCUGCUGUCAUUCCAAAUGUAAUUUUGUCUUCAAGGAACAGGCUGUUUGGACAUCUUUGGACACAGAAUUUAGGAGCAGAGUUGUUUGGAAAUGUUCCAAUUUUUUCACUUGAUAAGGCUCCCAACAACCAUUCGUGGCUCUGUCAAUGACUGCUCCAGCUAGUAUGGUGAAGAUGCAGGUACUAAACACAAGAUUUGGGAAUGAAUGGCAAAAUUUGCAUGGUGAGAGUGGAAUACAAGAAUCAAAAUCUUCUUUGGUUUCUUCAUGAUAAAUCUGAACUAAAUGCAAGCAACUGGAAACUGCAUGUAGGGAUGAAAAGGAAAUGGAAAAUACAAUUUUAUCUGGCUUUAAAUGUUUUUUUAAAAAUAUGUUCAAGCACUAAAACAGUGCUUUUGAAUAUAUUUUAUUUAUGAAUCAAUCUUCCUCCUCAAGUAUAAAACAUGUCAUAUGAACCAAUCCUCCCCACAUAAUUUUUCCCCAUCAGUGAGUUGACCAGAUCCCAAUAAAAUUAUGCUGAUUUCCCAGCUGAGGACCUGGCCCUGUUUUGAAUGUUGUUCCAAAUGCAGCCUUAAUAGAUCAAGACCUUUUUUUUUUUUUUUUUGGGGGGGGGGGAAUCAUGAGUGAGUUUAUAUCCUUCUGGAAAUAUCAUUCUCCCCCACCCCAGUGUAUUGCUACCACUCCAAUAUAACAAAGCUCUGCCUUUCCCAAACACCCAUUAAUUUAUUUUGCAUUCCCUAGAAGGAAACACCCAGUGAAUUCCACAAGGGCCUGAUCUGACUCUCUUUGAAGUCUGUGGAAAGGCAUGCAUGGGGGUUUUGGAUGCAUGCAAGCGCCUGUUCCUUGCAGUACAUAAUAACAAUUUAAAACAGUCAUACUUAGACCUCAGUGGUUCUACUGAAUUAGCAAUCAACAUUACCCCAAAAGAGAGACAAUGGUGUGAAUUCAUGGUUUCAUUUACUACAGUGCGCCGUGCAGAGGCUAUUAUUUCAAGAACAAAAAUUUUAUAAGCUGGAUCUAAAAUUUCUAUGUAUGAUUCAAUGUAAUCUUCUGGGGUGUUUUUAAUUUUUUUUCUGUUUUUGUAAGAAAAAUAUAAACUGCAUCUUCUAUGUGGCAAGUACAAAAGCAAAUGCUAUUAAAAUUAUGCAAAUAGGUGUGUGCCGCCCAAACCCAUAUUUUCCUUUAAAGUUUAUUUAAUCAAAAUGUCAAUGACAGCUUUGGGCCUUAUGAUGGUUGGCCCUGCAAGGCUGCAAUAAGAAAGUGUAAGCAGGGCCUCAGCGACCUUUGUAGGUACACAGCACCUAGCAGAAAUCAGCCAGCCAGGAACGGACAGUUUGUGACAGUUGGGGACAGCAGAUUUCAUUAAUUAAAAAAACCUUUUUAUAUUUUCAGAAUCAAGACAACUAAAACCUACGUACCCUUGAGGGAAAAGGGACUGAGGAUAAAGCCACUUUUGUAAACACUUGUUGCUUCAUUUCAAGUUAGACUGAAAAGCUUUUUGGGUCAUGGAGGCUGCCUCUAAAUUCACCGGGACCUUUGAGAGCCACCAUAAUCCAAACAACCUACAUACUACAUACUAUUAAUUACUCUUCAGAUCAAGAAUUCCACUCCCUCCUGAAGAUUGCAGGGAGGAAUAAAGACCGCUAAUAUUCCUACACAAAAUUUGAAUUUGUUAAGAAAUUUCUUUCAUAUUCUCAAAUCCAAAAUGGAAUGAAAAUCUUUGAAAUUAAAAAAAAAUACUAGUCUUAUAAACCCUUUCAGUGCAGUUGAGGGACAGAGUCCAUUGGUCCUAAGCCUUGUCUCGGAGGAUAGGUCUACACAGUAACUAGCCACCGUGCCAGCCGACUUGGAUUGUUUCAUUGCUGAGUAGACUUCCAGACUCAGGCUAGAGCCCAAGACUGGGGCCCCUCUCAUGUUACAGGGUCCUAGAGCCUGGGCUCCUGCCCGAAUUGGGCAGUCUAUACAGCAGUGAAACAGCCCUGCAGCCCAAGCCUCAUGAGCCCAAAUCAGCUGGCAGGUUUUUCUUUGCUGUGUAGACAUACCCAGAGAAAGUUGCACCAAUUCAACUGAAAUUUGUUUAAAACCAUAAUAAGGAUAUCCCUAGCCCUUUUGUACAGGUAUAACAAAAUUAGUUUAGAAUCAGACCUUAAGAUAAACUGAUGCUAUUUUCUCUCAGACAGAUCCAGUUCCAUCCUAAAUGCUGAUAGACUGCAUGAUGGUACUGUCUUAAUAUUUACACAACUCUUCCGGGUACCUAAGGGGGGGAAAAGGCCAUCAGCGGUGAUCAAAUUGCUCUCAAUUCUAACACACAAACAUGUAAGCUUAUGUUGUAUUCCAGAGCCCUUCUCUUAGAGAGCAUCACAACUGGUGGUUGCUGCAUCUGUUAACAUGACAGUACGAUCUGGUGGAUGGGAAGAAUACAGGCUUAAAAAGUAAAGCAUUUGUUUUCCUGAAAAAUUAUUUACCCUAAUAAAAUGUAAUGGCUCAGACUUCUAGGUGAUGCCAUUAAAUUUAUUUCUCUAAUUUAGGGGAAUAAUAUCCCAACUGAAGGGGAGAAACAACUUCAGGAGGGAACUUGGGUGCUGCCCAGAGUUCUAUUUCAUCAGGAAAAGUAAUAGAAAAAGCAUCUUUGUAAACUGAAUUUCUUGCCAAUUAACAGUCUCUGCCAAAGCAAUGGCCACAAGGAAGGCAACUGAGACACAAAAACUAAUGAGGUGGUAGCCUCUAGAUCAAAUGGGUUUUACCAAUAGUUUAUUCAAAACUACAUUCAUCUUCAAGCUAGCCACCCUAUAACUUUUAGCACAGUGGUUACAGCACUCACUUGAGAUGUGGGAGACCCACGUUCAAUUCCUCUCUCUGCUGGAGGGGGAGAAGGAAUUUGAACAGGGGGUCUCCCAUCUCUCAAGAGGGUGCUUUAACCACUGGGCUAGAAGUUAUUUGGUGGCACCACUUUUUACCACAUUUCAAAUGGGAUCCGAUCCAGUGGGUGAGACCCCUCCACAACUUAAGCAAAUUUCUAUUUUCCUCUGGUUUGUGAACUUCCUGAGGCUCAGGCAGGAGAUAGGCACCUGGAGGCUUAGCAGGAGGUGGCAGUGUGCACGUUCAGAGGCAGGAAUGUAGGCACUGAGUUAGUUUAGACACCUCUGGGGUUUGGCAGGAGUUUUGUGGAUCACCAUGGAGCCAAAACUGGGAUUUAAGUGCCUAAACACCUUUGUGGAUCUGGGCCUAAUGUAAGUUGCCCCAGAUCACACAGAGCUGGGAAUUGAACCCAGGUCUCCAUUGUUGCAGGCUAGGGCCCUAACCACUGGGCCAUCCUUUCUCUAAUUCUUCACUACAGGGCCAUACUAGAAACAGCCCCAUUCAAAAACCCCCACUUAAAUAAUAUUUUUGAUCCAUUUAAUAGGGACCACACAUUAAUAUGGUUCAGUGCUUUAUUUAUUUAUUUUUUAAAUCAAAAAUUGUACAGUUCUAAGAAGGCAAAUGCCUUUAGGAAAUACAAGUAAAUUACAUCAGCGUAAUUAUCUUUGUUCUUGAUAUAAUUAUUUUACAAGAGUAUAAAUUUUAUUUUUACUACAAGAACUAUAUUCUGUCUAGCCCUUCUGACUGGCAUUUCCAUCCUUAAAUUCUUUAUUGAUAGAACCAUAUAUUAUCAGUUCCAUUAUUAUGCCUGGCAUCGGGCUAACCAGACAGACAUGGAGGGUGAGGUAGUAUCUUUUAUUGGACCAACUUCUGUUGCUGAGAGAGACAAGCUUUCUAACGAUACAAGAGCUCUCCCUCAGGUCUGGUAAAGGUAUUCAGAGAGUCACAGCUAAAUACAAGGUCAAACAGAUAGUUUAGCAUCAGUAAUUAUCACAUUCUAAAGGGGCCCUGUAGUAAAGGGAUGUUAGUGUGUUACAGGCUGCUGGAAUGCCAUAAAUCCAGUCUUUAUUAAGACCAUGAUUUUUAGUGUCUAGCAAAGUUAUGAAUUUAAGCUCCAAAGCUCGUCUUUUGAAAGUGUUGUACAGGUGCCUUUGAGAAUGAGGACUGAUAGCCUGUAUCUGACUAUCCAUUUGUAAUUACCUGUAGCUGUAGCUCAUGAAAGCUUAUGCUCAAAUAAAUAUUACCAACAGG